AUGUUUUCACCUACUGUUCAAACACUAGGACUUCUUAACCUUGAUCCUCAUACCAACAUAGUUUCUGUUCUUACAAAAGAGAUUCAAAUAUCAAUUAUUCAUCAAGUCUCAGGGUCAAUUGUAAAUAAUUUAAAUCAAUUUCAAGCAAGUUUGAACACUGAAGAGCACUGUAAAUGGAUGAUGGAAAUAAUUGGUGCUGGUUUGAGACUUCCAGUUGAGUCUUUUGAAACAAUUGACCAAUGUGUUAGAAUAUAUGAGUCAUGGUUUAUUCUAAAACAAUACACUCCCCAACCUAUAGCUCAAAAAUUUAAAGAGUUUAAACGUGUUGUAUGUGAACAAUUAACUUUAGUUUUAUGUAAAAGAGAAACUACACCACAAAAUUUUAAUGUAUUUCCAAAGUAUUGUGAGUUAUGUAAAAAAGUUAUUGGUAUAUUAAGAAUACUUAGCAAAUCAUUAGAAAAACAGGUUGAUGAAGUUACUCGAAUGUUUAGAUUAAUUAUUGGGUGUGUACAAGAUGUUUGUGGAUCUGAAUGGUCUAAUGAAGAAUUAGUUUUUAUUUCACCAGUAGCUGGUGUAUUAAUUCGAUUUUUUUAUGAGAUGUGGGUUGAACAUUCUAACGAAGAUUGGGGUUUGGUUAAGUUAAUUUCUAAAUUACAUCCACAAUGGAUUACAAUUAAUACAAUUGCUUUAGAAUGGGUUAAAAUUGCUCAGUAUAUUCAAAGUAAAUAUCUUGAUACAUUAUAUAUAACAAAAUUAGAUAAUGGAAUAUUAUCAUUAAAAAAUGAAGAAUAUGAUUUUACAUUGAUGACUUCAUCAACUUCAUUACUUAAAAUGUGGCUUCAUUUUAUUCAUUUUUGUGGAAAUGUUGCUAACAUUACUAACCCAGAUGUCCUUGAAUUAGUUGAAGAAGGUUUUUAUAAUUUAAUUGUUCAGAUGAUUUCGUAUACAAAUAAUAAAAACAUUCAACAACCCCCUGAUGGAAAUAUUAUAUUAUCUAUAUAUUUUGAUACUAUUAGCUUUCCUGUAAUAUAUUUAUCACACCACGUUUAUUUUGGGGCAAUUUUAUUCUCUCUAAAAACAUUAUUUCUUAUAAUAAAUACAUUUGCUUUUAAUAACACUAUUGACCAAUCUUAUUUAAUCAAAAUUUAUCAUGUCAUCUCUUUUGGAAUUGAUACACAAAAUAGUAUUGUAUUAUCUUUUAUUUUAAAACAACUUCCUAGUUUAUUUAAAAAAAGAUUACCUGGUAUUGAAGUAUUAUAUCCAAAUUUGAUGGUAACAAUGGAACGAUAUUGUAAUUCAACCUCAACUUCAAAAGACCAAUUAUUAGAUAUAUUAUCACUAUUACAAUUAAUUCAACUUUCUUUCUCACAACAAUGGGAAACUAUUAUGAUUACUACAAUCCCAAGGCGUUCAUCCGUUCAAUUUUCAUAUCAUAACUUCAUAGAAAAAACAAGGUCUGUAUUAUUUAGUAUCUUAAAAACUUCAAAAGAUCCUGAUGUAUUAGACUCAUUAUUAUUAAGUCUUAAUAGAUUCUUCCUUGAUUAUGUUACUCGUAAUUUUGAAAUAAUAACAAUUGAUGAUAAUUCACCAGAUUUUGUUUUACAAGAAUUUAUUCAAGAAAUGAUUCUAAACGGGAUGUAUUGGUUUGAGUGUUUAUUCAAUGCAAAGAAAUAUCAUAACAUUAUCGAAUUACUAAGAACUCUCAACCAAAUUAUUCCAUGUCUUUCAUCCCCUCAAGUACCGUUCCAAGAAAUUUUUCAAGUUUUAUCAAAUUUUGUUGAAUUAAAUUAUAAGACAUGCGAAAAUAUUCAUCCAGUAUUAUCAGUAUAUGCUCUCUUUUUCUCAAAAUGUUAUCCAAAUUUACCAUCUAAUAUUUUAAUAGCAUCAUUAAGACUAUGUAGUAAGAUAUGUUCAUUUUUUAAUUCUUUAAUAACGAGUGAUCCUAUGUUAGCAGUAACUUAUAAAUUUGAUUCAGAACUAAUGAGCUCUAUGUUUAAUAACUUAAUGCCAGAUUCUUUUAAAGAUAAUAUUAUUAAUGAAGUUCUUAUUUAUAAUUUAUUUAAACAAUAUAAUAUAACUAAUAUAUUUGAUCAUUUCCAAAUAUUCUUUGAUUCUCAUUCAGUUAUUUCUUAUAUUGAUCUUCCAUGGACAAAGAAUAAUGAAUUUUGCGAUAUUCUUGUUAUUUCAAGAACUGCAUAUUUUAAACAAACAUAUAUCAUUAGAUAUCUUAUGGAUACUGAACAAUGGACUUUAAUCAAAAAUAAUAUUAAUUAUCAAGAAGUUACUAUUGGGUAUCCUUGUUUUAAUGAAAAAGAGACAUGGACUCAUCAAUCAAUCUUUUUCAAUCUCAACCAUUAUUUAAAUCCUAAACCAGCACCACAAAACCAUGCUUCACUUCAAUUACCUAAUUUGAAACAUAUUGUUCAAGAAUCUUCAAACUUUAAUUGUUCUCCUAUUAGACUGUUCUGUAUGAAAUUAGAUUCUGUUGCAACAAAGAUUACUGGAAAUGUUGAAUUAAAAAUUAAACAAAAUAAUCAACUUUUUGUUGAAUUUGUAAGUAAUCUUGGAACCUUAGUUGACGGUGAAACGUUUGUUGGUUAUAAAGGGAAAUAUGAUAAAGAAUCUAUGUUUGUAUGUAACUCAAAUUCUGAAAUGGAUGUAAUUUAUAACAUUCCAUCAAUAUACGCUACUCCUAAUGAAGCUAAAGGUAAAGAAGAAAUUGUAAUUGAAUGGAAAGAAGGAAAUGAAAUACAAGAAUAUUCAACAUUAAAAUGUGAUGAUAAAUUAUAUAUUAUCAUCGAACAUGAUAAUUCAGAUAUUUUUAGAGUUUUAUCAAAUAAAUGUAUUGGACCAAUGCUAAAUGUUCAAUAUAUUAGUUUAGGUUCUUUAGGGUUAUUUAUCAAAUUAACUUGUGAAGCAUAUUUAAGACAAAAUAAUGCUAAUAUAUCUCAAAUUAAUCGAAGAGCAGCAUUAGAAGUUAUUAAGUCUUAUUCUGAUGACUUAAAUCCACAUGCAGAAAUUCAUAUGUUAUUCAAUGAAUCUUUUAGAAAAUCUUUUAAUACUUCAGAACUUAAUUUUACUCUUGAUGAUAUUGACCUUCCACUACUCUCUCCUACCACACCAACAAAACCAAGGGCUUUAGAUAUUAGACCAAAAUCACAAGAUAAUUUUGAUGAUUCUAUAACUUCACCAACAAAAACAAACCAAGUAAAAUCAAAUUCAUUGUUUAACAAAGCUACUACUUCUCAGAAAUCUCAACAAGAUAAUUCAAGUAUGUCAAAAUCAUCAUUUGCUUUCAAAAAGAUUAUUCAACAACAAGAAAAACAACAACAACAAAUUCGUCAAUUAGAACUAUUACAAAAUCGUUCUUCUUCGUCAGAGGAUAUUUCUCCUUCUGUAACUAAGUCAGAACCACAACUUAUUCCAAAAACAACUCCAACACCUCCUCAAAAUAAAUUACCAUCUCCACAACCAAAUACAACCUCUAUUUCUGGUUCUCAAACACCUAAACAACAUGUGAAUAUGUUCCAAUCAGCUCCAAUUGUAUCUUCAUUCCAAAAAAGACCACCCCAACGAGGUGGUUUCUUUACACAACGUGAAAUAAACCAACAGGCAAAAGCCUCAACUAAAAGUGCACCAAAUUAUCCUCAAGUUUCAGUCCCAUUAGCAACACAAACCCAUGGACAAUACUCAUAUCAAAAAAAACAAGAAACUCCUCAACAAAAACAUAAUACCGUUGGUUGGCAAAUGGGUGGUACAAAUGAAAAAACUCGUACAGCCCAUCUCACAGCAAAUUCUCGUGGAUUUGUUAUGGGAGAUAGAAGAAGUCGUGACAUUACCCCAACACAACAAGAACAACAUGAAACAAAUUGA